CAGUGUCAAACAAAAACCAAAACAAUUGGUUAAUAUCAUAAUUAUUAUAAAUUCUCUGAAAACUAACAAAUAUCGGUCUUUAGAAAGACCCAAGUCGAUGGAUAUGAUGUCGGGGACUAAAUUAGACGUAAUUUGGUCACCUAUCCAUCACGAUAAAUUCAUAUUGUGGGGCUCAGACAUAACCCUGUAUCAGGUAUCUCGUUUAAAAGAUAUCGAGAAGAAAACUACUUACACCCAAAUUUCUUCAAUAAGAGGUGCGACAGUUAUCGCAUCACAGAGUGCUAAUGGAGUACGUUCUGUUGAUAUCAGUGCUAUCCCUGAACAGCCAGAACCAUUGCUGGCAUUGGGUCACGCCAAUGGUAGAGUCUCUCUCGCAAGCUUAAAACAGGCCUAUGACCCUCUAGGCAUUGUUGGAAGGGAGUUCAACCCACGUUACCCUCGUCUAUGCAAUUCAGUGUCUUGGAGCCGUGAGGAGAGCAAUUUGCUUGCAGUUGCUAUGGAGAAGCACCGUAGUGACCAUUGUAUACUAAUUUGGGAUGUGAAUAAGGGGUCCAGCCCACCUGAUGAAACUCAAAAUUCGGUCAUGGCACAAUCUGACAAUGCCAAGCCGGUUGCAGAGAUGGGUCUCUCGGAGACAGCUCACAGUGUGUCCUGGUCCAAUCGGUCGAACCGCACUCUUCUGGCUAGCAUGAAUCUCAAGUUUAUUAAAAUUUUUGAUCUCAGGGACUGGUCCAACAAGGGCGUGGCGGUGGCGACGUCCCGGUACUGCCACGGCGCGGUGGCGGAGCCGCUGAGUGGAUGGCAGGUGGCAUCGCGCGGCGACCACGUGGUCUGCGUGUGGGAUGCGCGCGCGUUCAGCCGCCCGCUGCUCACGCUGCCCCAGCAAAGGCCCGUCACCAAGAUACAGUGGUGCCCCACCAGACGCAAUCUGCUGCUGUCGUUGCACCGCGACUCUAACACCCUCCGGCUUCACGACAUCCAGCAGGCACACAACGACCCCAACAGAGCUGUCAACAUCACGGAUGCUACGGUGAAUAUUUCAAACGUCUAUUAGGAUUUAAUGCUAUCUUUAAGCUCUAAUGAAUGUCAAAUUUAUCCAUAUAAAUUAAUGUCGCUUUAAUUAAUAUUAUAAAUAUGUUUGAAGUCACAAAUCGACGCCCAAUGUUUCGUUAUGUAUAACUUAAUCUUUCGAACCUACUAA